GCGCGGUUUCUGGAGCGGAUUGGAUCCCGGACUCAGGAUUUCAGUAAAUGUGUAGGAGACUAGGAACCAGGGCGACAGGAUGGCUGAUGAGCAGACGUCAGAUGACUACAUCUGGUGUGAGGACUGUGGGCAGUACCAUAACUCGGAGUGUCCUGAGCUGGGUCCGGUCGUCACGGUGAAGGAUUCGUUUGUGCUGAGCCGGGCACGGUCGUCUCUGCCGAGCAGUCUGGAGAUCCGUCAGGCCGAGGAAGGAACCGAGGGAGUGUUUGUUCUCCAGCGGCUCGUCAAGAGAACUCGCUUCGGACCCUUCGAGGCCAAAAGGGUCCCUAACCUGAACACCGAGGGGCCGUUUCCUUUAAAGAUCUUCCAGAAAGACGGCUCGGUGGUCUGUUUCGACACGUCUAAUGAAGACGACUGUAACUGGAUGAUGAUGGUCAGACCUGCGACCGACCACAAGCACCAGAACCUAACGGCCUACCAGCAGGACGACGAGCUUUACUUCAACACGUCCCAGGAUGUUCUGCCGGGUUCGGAGCUCAGAGUUUGGUACGGAGCUUUUUAUGCUAAAAAGAUGGAGAAGCCUGUGCUGAAACCACCCGUACUUCCACCACCAGCAGGAAUGGUGUCCGGAAAGCCAGGCCUCCCUCAGGAGAUGACUGGAGUAACAGCGCCCCCUGUAGCCAAAGUGAAAGAUGGCGACCAGCUGUUCAGCCCCAUGCCGCCCCCAGCCCCACCCUGCACACCCUCACCUGUCCUGCAGGUGGCAGCAGUGGUGUCCCUGGACCACAACGCCAACGGCAGCACCACACCUACCACACCUGCCACGGCUGAGCCCAAAAGGAGACCAAACAGGCAGCGCAAGUUCAGAGCUCAGAGGUCAGGAGACAGUGGGACACCUGAGGUCAUUAAAGACCCCCCAGUUUCUGAGGCAGUCGAGCAGCCCCUCGUCUCUCUGACCCCGGAGCCGACCCUGCCGGUGCUGGACGUCCAGGAUUUCAUGGGUGACGGAGACGGUCUGCAGGUCAAACUGACCAAAACCACGCGCUGCCUCCUGCCCCUCGCAAAGUCCGGGAUGAGGAAGCGGUUCCUGAGGCCGAGUGGAGACCAUAAGCGGGUUUAUCAGUGUGGCCUCUGCAGCAAAUUGUUUCAGAACAGCAGCAACCUCAACCGGCACAUCCGUUCUCACGGUGCUAAGCUGUUUAAAUGUGACGAGUGUGAUAAGAUGUUCAGCCGUAAAGAGAGUCUGAAGCAGCACAUCUCUUACAAACACAGCAAGAACGAGCCUGAUGUGGAGUACAGGUAUAAGUGCACUACGUGUGAAAAGUCCUUCCGGGUCGAGAACGCCUUGAAAUUUCACAACUGCCGCACAGAUGAUAAGACGUUUCAGUGUGAGAUCUGCUCGCGGUUCUUCUCCACCAACAGUAACCUGUCCAAACACAAGAAGAAACACGGAGAGAAGCUGUACGCCUGCGAGAUCUGCAACAAGAUGUUCUACAGAAAAGACGUCAUGCAGGACCACCAGAGGCGCCACGUGAUGGGCUCGAAGAGUAUGAAGAGAGAGGAGCUGGAGGCUAACGGAGAGGAGGCCACCAAAUACAGGAAAGAGCCCUCAGCCUGUCCCAUCUGCGGCAAGGUGUUCUCCUGUCGCAGUAACAUGAACAAGCACCUGCUGACUCACGGCGAUAAGAAGUACACCUGCGAAAUAUGCGGCCGCAAGUUCUUCAGAGUGGACGUCCUGAGAGACCACAUCCACGUCCACUUCAAGGACAUCGCGCUGAUGGACGAGCAGGAGCGAGAGAACUUCAUUAAGAAGAUCGGAAUCUCGAUGGAGGACAGUGAGGGAAACUCUGACGAGGAGGACGAGAAGGACGACCCGGAACAUCACAAAUACAGCUGCAAAAAGUGCCAGGUGACCUUUGCUAAAGGCCGAGAUUACCUGAAGCACAUAAUGGAAAUGCAUAAAGAGCGAGGUUACGGCUGUGUUAUCUGCAAUCGCCGCUUCGCCCUGAAAGCCACCUACAACGCUCACCUCGUCAUCCACCGCGAGCAGCUCCCCGACCCGGCCGUGCAGAGGUAUAUCCAUCCGUGUGAAAUGUGUGGCCGCAUCUUCAACAGCAUCGGCAACCUGGAAAGACACAAAAUCAUCCACACAGGUGUGAAGAGCCACAGCUGUGAGCAGUGCGGGAAAUCCUUUGCGAGGAAGGACAUGCUGAAGGAGCACCUCAGAGUCCACGACAACAUCCGAGACUUCCUGUGUGCCGAGUGUGGGAAAGGUAUGAAGACGAAGCACGCGCUGAGGCACCACAUGAAGCUCCAUAAGGGCAUCAAAGAGUACGAGUGCAAGGAGUGCAACCGCAAGUUUGCACAGAAAGUCAACAUGCUGAAACACUACAAGAGACACACAGGUGUGAAGGACUUCAUGUGUGAGCUGUGUGGAAAAACCUUCAGUGAGAGAAACACCAUGGAAACACACAAACUCAUUCAUACAGUGGGGAAGACGUGGUCGUGCUCGGUGUGCGAUAAGAAGUACGUGACGGAGUACAUGCUGCAGAAACACGUUCAGCUCACUCACGAGAAGGUGGAGGCUCAGAACUGCCAUCUGUGCGGAACCAAAGUCUCCACUCGCGCAUCCAUGAACCGCCACAUACGCAGAAAACACCCUGAGGUGAUGGCGGUGAGGGUGGAGGAGUUUGAAGAUCUGCAGGAACCUGCAACCAUCGACGCCUCCUCCAUCAGCAUAGUACAGCCGUCUCUGCCACUGGAGAAAGGCCCCCUCCCAGCAGACAAAGCCCACCGGAACUCCAGCCCCGCUAAGAAACGGCAAAAGCUGCAGCAGGUGGAGACGGAGCUCUCUGACUCAAACGAGUACGCCGAAUACACCAACAAAACCACCUUCACAACCGCAGUGGGAGACGAGACCAACUCCGCCGUGCAGAGCAUUCAACAGGUGGUGGUAUUGGCAGAGCCCAGCACCGCCUCUGCUGUGUCCCCGUCCAGCUCAGUGAGUCUGACUAACAUCACAGUGACCCCUAUAAACACACCCGCCCCCACACAGUUCACCAGCCUGCAGCCCGUCGCCGUGGGACACCUGGCGCCUAGCGACCGACCUUUGACCCUGGACAGCUCCAUCCUGACCGUGACGUUUGACACGGUCAGCGGUUCUACCAUGCUACACAACCGGCCUUCGGAGCUGCAGGGGGAGGCAGGGGCGGGCCCUGCGGCCCCCCAGUCUGUCGCUCACUUCAUCAACCUCACCACCUUCGUCAACCCCAUAACGCACCCCAUGGAGCAGCCUGCGUUAGCCUGGAGGCCCGUUACCCCCGGCGACGGGACUCACGUGGCAGCCACCAUGGACGGAACCCAGCCGGACCCCCAGGACCCCCAGCCCCAGGCGGCCACUCCGCAGCAGCUGCCCCAGCAGGCACAGCCCCCUCCAGAGCAAAGCCAUCAAAUCCAGCCCCCGGCUUCAGGACCUCCACAGCAAGCCUCUACAGCACCGCAGAUGUUCAGCUACUGAACCAUGAGGAUCAUCUAAAGCUGUGGUCACCAAUCCUGGAGUAACUCUGUCCUGCAUGUUUUAAUAUAUUACUGCUCUAAUAAAGCUAAUCUGGCCACCCACGUCCAUAGCUACUGUUGUGAGGCUGGACAAGCUUUACAGAAUGCUGAUAAAAACCUAAUGA